AGGAGAUGCCAGCCUUUGAAGCUCCCCAAGGCCGAGGGCUGAGUCUUCUUUUUGCUCUGCCACGAGGUCCCCAGGAGGAGCAUGUGGGGUUUUGAUUUUCUCUGCUCUGUAGUCUAGGUGGACAACAGAUUUCUAUCCUUGCAGCAGGACAUGAAGGCCCAGUGCAUUUCUUGCUGGCUCCUGGGCAUGGCACUUAUGCUCUGCUCCGUGCACACCCGCAGCCUCAGGAGAUGUCUGAUUUCUGUGGACAUGCGCCUUAUAGAAAAGAGUUUCCAGGAAAUCAAAAGAGCCCUGCAAACUAAAGACACCUUCCAAAACGUCACCAUCCUGUCCACACUGGAGAAUCUGAGGAGCAUUAAGCCUGUAGAUGUCUGCUGCGUCACCAGCCACCUCCUGACCUUCUACAGAGACAGGGUGUUCAAGGACCAUCAGGAGACAAGCCCCGAGGUCAUGAGGAGGAUCAGCGGCAUUGCCAACUCUUUCCUCUACAUGCAGAGAACUCUGGAGCAAUGUGCCCGCAGUCAAUGUCACUGCAGUCAGGAAGCCACCAACGCAACCAGAAUCAUCCACGACAACUACGAUCAGCUGGAGGUCUCAUCUGCUGCCCUUAAGUCUCUAGGAGAGCUAGACAUCGUUUUAGCCUGGAUUGACCAGAAUCAUCGAGAGACUUCUGAGGCUUGACACCAAGUGCCUUGUCUGAUUAUUUAGGGAUACACAAUUCACCUUGAGCUCCUGCCCUCUCCCUCCGGGCCUCCCCCUCGUUUUUCUCAGUGGUCAACAGCUAACUUUGAAAGGGAGAGAGAUGUGGAAAGCCCCCAUAACUAUUUAAAAUGAGGGUCUUUUCUUGGAAAUUGCUGCUGUGGAAGGAAUUCUCUCAUCUGGGCUGGAGCCUCACUG